AUAUGGAUCAAGUAUUGUUUCUAUCUAAUCUAACCUUUGACCCGUAAUACAGAACUGCUAGCAAAAGUCAGAACAGUUUGUUCCUGCAUGAUUAUCUCCAUACAGUUAGAUCUAAUAUAUCUAAGAUCUAAAUUAAUACCAUGAGUAAUUUAAAUAUAAAACCCAAGGUAUUGGUGUCCCACCAGUGGCCACCAGAGAUAUUGUUGCGCCUUAAAGAGCAUUGUCAAGUGAAAGUCUUGGGAAGUGACAGCUUUACUACACAAGAAGAGUUCUUGAAGGCUCUCCCUGGAGCAGAUGCUGUGAUUAUUAUUCCAUCUAUCACAAUUGACAACAAAGUAUUGGACAUAGCAGGUCCUCAGUUAAAAGUCAUUGCAACUGCAUCAGCUGGUCUGGGUCACAUUGACUUAAAUGAGUGUCGUAGGCGAGGCAUUAAAGUCGGCUAUGUUGCUGAUACAGUGACAAAGGCUGUUGCUGAGAUGACCAUCAGUUUGAUGCUGGCGACGGCAAGACGAUUAGAUGAAGCCAUGCAGUCUGUGAAAACUGGUGCCUGGGGCACCAAAUGGGACAGUGCCCUGUGGAUGUGCGGAAAGCAAGUUUCUGGGUCUGUAAUUGGAAUUGUGGGAUUGGGCAGAAUCGGAUUAGCUACAGCGAAAAGGCUAUCUGCCUUUGAACCAUUUCGGAUUCUCUACUCUGGAAACUCAGUGAAACCAGAAGCAGCUAAAGUCAGAGCUGAGUUUGUUAGUUUCAGUGAGCUUCUGGAGACUUCAGACUUUGUCAUAGCUACUUGUUCUGUACAUGCCAGGAACCAGAAACUCUUCAAUGCUGAGGCGUUUGCUAGAAUGAAAAAGGACUCUGUAUUUAUCAAUGUGACCAGGGGUGCCCUGGUAGAUCAAGAUGCCUUGUACGAUGCCCUGUCCACACAUAAAAUUGGGGCAGCUGGUUUGGACGUCACAACCCCAGAGCCCCUUCCUAUAGAUCAUAAGCUUUUGACACUGAAGAACUGCUUGAUAACCCCCCAUAUUGCCAGCGGAACAAUAGAAACUCGUAUGGCAAUGUGUUCCUUGACUGUGGAUAAUAUAUUGGCUGGAUUGACUGAAAAACCUUUGCCUUGUCCAUGUUGAUUAUGAAAUUAUUUAAUUAUUAUUUAUAUGUUGGCAUUUAAUUAGGUGUAAUAAUCAAUUAUUCAGUAUUAUAUCAUUUUUGUAUGGUUUUCUCAAAGUCACCAAGUUAUGCAGAUGCUAAUUUAUCUUAAAAUAUGUAUUCCUAGUAAAAACAAAAUUCUUAUCAGGUGUUGGUUUAUUUACAGAAAGAAAAAAAGAAAAUGAGUUUAUAUUCAGAAAUUUCUGAAGACUUUUUUUUCUUACUUUCAAAAACUUUAUUUCAAUGUUACUUUUGGAGAUGCAGUAAAGUGCUUGGCUUCCAGAGAGGUCCCGGGUUGAAUCCUGAUGAAGACUGUUUUUUUGGUAAAUUCUGGUAUCUUUGGGUGCCUCUGAGUUUACCCAGCACCUGACAUUAGUUGGGGAAAGUGAUGGCAGUUUCUUAUAGAUCGCAAGGUCUGUAAGGGGAACUUACCUUUACCUAUCCCUUAGUCUGUUGGACCGUUGGGGCACCUUUCUCCAUUCCUCCCUGUCUUUUGCCUUAGUUAGAACCUCUUUCAAUGGCAGGCCCGUACAUUCUUUAAUGUUGUCCUCCCAUCGCUUUCUCUGUCGGACUCCUCUUCUUUUCCUGGUAUUGUUCCCUGAAGGAAGGUGUUUGCAAGCCCCGAAGAUCUUGUAAUAUGGCCAUAGAUUUUAAGCUUGUGUUUUUUUACUAUAGUGAGAAGGUCAUCAUGGGGUCCGAUCGCUGCAGUAACCCUGUCUCUAAUCUCUUGGUUUGCGAUGCGGUCUUUGAAUGUUGUUUCAAAGAACUUACUUUACUUUCAAUGUAAUUUUAAGCCUAUUUUUCAUUUGAAAUGAUAUGAAAUUUUUUUAGCAAAGCACAAAUUAUUUGCAAUGAGUUUUUGAAAUAGUUAUCAUAUUUACUGGAUUUUUCUUUUGGACUAUUUUUAUUAUUCAAAAGCAAAAUUUUUAAAUCCACCAUAUUCUACAUCUUGGACCAUCAAAUAUCAUUUAUUAUGGAUGUCAAAGUAGAUGUAUUAGUUUGUCUAUAUAAGGUCUAUUUUGGUCAAUUUUUAAAAAUAUUGCAGUGAAAUAUGUUUAAGUUAGUCAGAAUUGUUGUUUGAUAAUAUUUUUCACAUAAUUUAUCUUUGUUAUUCAGAGGCUAUUGAAGUGUUACAUUGUCUGUUUUUGUAGAUUAUCUAGUCAGCCAGUUCUACAUUGUUGAUCUUAUAAUUCACUAGGAUAAAAAGCACUUUUAAUAUUUUAUUUUUAUUUUGAAACAUUGUUAUUACUAUUUAAGUAGUAGUGAGAUUUUUAUUUUCAUGUUUACAUUUUUUUACCUUUUUUUUUGUCUGAAUUAAAUGGUAGAAAAAAUGUUUAGUAUUGUUUUAGAACAGUGUUUCCCAAACUUUUUCGUAACGGAACAUUUCGCUUAUUCUGAGUAUUUAGCGGAACACUUUGCUUAUUUUUUUAGAGAGAUUAAUUAACGUGGAGGCCUACUUGUUAAUUAUUGCAGUAGUUGGCGGAACACCUAUUCAGGCAUCGUGGAACACUAGGAUUCGGUGAAGGACAUUUUGGGAAACACUGUUUUAGACAAAUACUUUGAGCUAGUAAUAUUUAUCUUCUUACUUUUGACUUUCUUACUUGGAGACUUAAAUAUUUCUUUGUUUGAGAUUCUUUCUCACUCUUUUUAAAAAAUAGAGAAAAAUACUCAGAGAAAACAUUAAACAUAACUUUUUCUUCAUCUUAAUCUUUCUACAUUCAAUCAUCAAUGGUUCAUAUAAAUUGUCCUGUCUUGGUGAUGAGUGCACUUUAGUUUGCAGCCAAGACAGUGCUCUAUUUAAUUUAGGGGUAUCUUGGAGGCUAGCUACUUG